AUGAAUGAGGCGCUUGAUCUAAGCGUCAAUUCUGCUCCACUGAUUACGGCUAGUGUACCCUCGGGACAUGCUACUCAGUUGCCAUUAUCGUCUGGUGCGAGUUCCAUACACUCCCCGCCAGCUGUCAACACACUAAACUUCUUACCCUUUGAAGCGGAUUUUCUUCAAGGAUUUUCACAAAAUUUUCCUUCCUUUCCAACCGUUUAUCCGCCAAGUAAUGCUCCAUCUCAAAAUUCCCAACUUCUUCAAACUCCUCCUACAAUACAAGUAGGAAAUGAUGCGUUAUUAAAAUUCGCGCCUCUAAUGGUACCCACAUCACUUACGCAAGUGGCUAAUGGUGUGACAUCCAAAGAGACCCCUUCGAAUGCAAUCGAUCUUUCCCUACAGACAAUCCUCCAAACACCCCAUCAUCCACCAGUUCAUGAAAAUUUCAUGAAUCUUGCUAGCAACCUCUCUCAAAGUCAAACGCUCAUCAAUCAAAAUGCGUCUCCUAGGAGUAAUACUAAUAGUUACCAGUCGUCGGAUUAUUUACCUUUGCUUGAGCAAGCUUCACGAGUUUCUGCAGCACAGGGGGGCAAGGAGUUGCUGCGGAAGUUCACUUCCUUCCAAGAAUGCGGCCACGCUCAAUGCAGAGCCGCCGGACUUAAAGAGCACUUCCACUGCAACGACUGCCACAAGGUUAUUAACAGACGUGAGGAGACUAUACGUCACGCGAAAUGGCACAGAAAACGAGCCGAAAGUCUGCAGUAUGGCUUCAUGCGGUACAGUUCUUGCGACAACUGCGGAUAUCCGAAUUGCAGCCACAAUUUGAAACAAACCCAUUACCACUGCAUUCGAACCAAUUGCAAUAAGACUUACAUCAGCACCUCCGACGUGCAGAUGCAUGCAAAUUUCCACAGGAAAGAUGCUGUGAUAAUGCAGGAGGGUUUUAGACGAUUCAGGGCAGCAGAAGACUGUGGCAGCCAAGAUUGCCCUUUCUCAAAGGAGCGAACAACUCACUUCCAUUGCCAACGUGGGGGAUGUAAAUUCACCUUCAAAAACAAAGCUGAUAUGGAGAAACACAAAAAUCACCACCUGAAGAACGAUACAAUCGCCAAAGAUGGAUUUAGGAAGUUCACAAAGUCGGAAACCUGCAGCUUUGUUAAUUGCAAAUACUCAGGACAAGUCAAUCAUAUUCAUUGCAUUCGCCAAGGCUGCGAUUAUGUGGUGCAUUCGACGAGUCAAAUCUCUUCCCACAAGCGGAAGCAUGAAAGGAGAGAUUCACUUAACUAUCCCUGUACAAUGGCUCCCCAAACCCAACUAGUUCUUCCACAGUUAAAUUGUGAGAGCAACAAUGGAGAUACAACUGUGGCUCCAAAUACAACAACUGCUACUACUUCGGCAACGACAACUCCAAAACCUUCUCCACCCCAGUCAAUUUCUCCUUCUUCAGAUCCACAGAGUCUAAGCUCUACUACCAAGCUACUGCAACGAGUAUCAAAAAUCAGUGAUAUAUGCUGGCAGAUGUCCCAGGAAGAAGACAGUAAUCUUACUCUAUCCAACGACUCUGUAGAUAUCGAAUUGGCGAAACAAGUAUUUGAAGACGUUAAUCACUCCCUGAAAGCCUUUAAAGAUAAAUCAUCUUGUGACGAUGCCCAAUGUUCUUUCCAUUCGACAGGAAUAGACCAUUUCCAUUGUUUUCGAACAGGUUGUAUGGAUACGUUAGAAAUGGAUCCGGAAGAUAAGUUCACAACAUUGGGUGACUUCGAAACCAUCUCCAGUGGAGAUAUGGACUCUUGGAGAGAUCAUUGGAAUCUUCAUGCUUGGCAGUCGAUUGCCAGUAUUACGGGAUUCUCACGAUGUUGCGGAGAAAUCUGUAAUUCAAAUAGCGAAUCGAAAGCUCAUUUGCAUUGCUUCCUAUGGCCAUCUUGUAAUUUUUCUAUUGAUAUCAACUUGGUGGAUCCACCCAGACUACUUCGGCAUCUCACUAAACAUAAUCCACACUUCGGGACAAUGAUGUAUCAGAUGAAAGAACAAACAAGCUGCUUAUCAUCUGAAUUAGGAGGCUCAAUAAGUCAGAGGAAAAGGGGUAGACCACCGAAGCACUCUCGUGAUAUCCAUAUUCCACGACUGAAAAUUCAUCCUGAAAGGUGUCAGGAUGAUAAUCCGUCAAUUCCUCUUGGCAUAGAGGAUUUCCUCUCCAAACCAGACAUGAUUGUCGGUGGUCUUAAAUUCUUCCCAGUUGGAGGCGGAGUAGCCUGUGUAGAUCGUUGUUGUCCCUACUUCAUUAAUAAGCAAGAUCAUUUCCAUUGCAUCCGCCCACGAUGUUAUCUGGCCACUUCAGAUCUUGCGUACGCUAAUUCCCACAGACGCGAGUUCCAUCCAUACACACCAAUUGAACUCGGAUAUGAGCACUUCGAUCGGUCUAUUGACUGUCGACGCCCUGCUUGCUAUGCGAAACGUGACUCCGCUCAUUAUCAUUGUCUUCGGCCAAGAUGUGGUUAUUCAUUUGUGCGUGUGAGUAAGAUGAAACAGCAUACAGAAUUGCAUGAAGGUGGUUUGAAUGGUAGUGUAAGUGGAGCUAAUGCACUCGAAAAGUGCGAGGAAGUCCUCGGCAGUAUUACUCAAUCUGCAGGAUCAAUAUUACCACCUCUUGGUCUGGAGAAGAAUGCUACUUCUUUUAAUGAUAUUAUGCCCUUUCUGAUGCGAAUUCUUCUGACAGACCAAACGUCUCCUCUUAGUAAUGCCAUCAACCUUCUAAAUCCUGAAAAUAUGGAGCCAGGUGAGGAGAAAAUGGAUUGGAAUGAAAUUCAUGAAAAGAUGGAAGCGACAAGUGUAUUCCAAUCACCUAAUAUGCUACCAAUCUCCAUGGAGAAGAGUGAACAUGGUUCACGAAAAGCUGAAUCAAAUGAAGACAAUGCAUAG